UCAAACGCAGGAGACACUGGCGAGAAAAAUGGCGGAUGAAAGCGAGGACCAGUGGCUGUACGGCGAUUCGACCGACAGCAAGGAGUUUAUAUCGGCGAAUAUUAAAUCGGAGAUCCAGCAGAAUGACUCGACGCUCGCCGAAGCUCAGGAGAGCUCGCAGACCCAGGAGGAUCAAAAGGUGGAAGUUGCUGACGAACCGUCCGAGAUGCAAGAGGUUACCGAUUCCCUCGGCGGCGGUGACGAAGAAUCCUCAUUGUUGAAUAAUACGCAAGACGAGAAUGCGGACAAAAACGGGACGAGGGAAGCUUCUAGUCAGGAGGAUGGCGAAGCGGCCAGCGACUCCGACUCCGACGAUGAUGUACACGUUGUUAUCGGUGACAUCAAGUCGACACCGGCGUACGGCAGUUUGAACAUCAAGAGAGGAGGACUGCUAACCAACACGUCCGGCGUGUCGGAUAAGCUGAGCAAACAGCCGGGAAAGUUCAGCAUAGAUGAAUUCGAGACUAUCGGCGUUAUCAAUGGAAUACCGGCCCACGAGUUCAAUUUAGAUCAAUUGGAGGACAAACCGUGGAGGCAGCCCGGCGCGGAUAUCACGGAUUACUUCAACUAUGGAUUUAAUGAGGAUACCUGGAGGGCGUACUGCGAACGUCAGAAGCGGAUGCGAAGCGAGUCCGGUGUGGGAUUGAUCUUGAACGCGGGCGGCGGCGGCGGCAAUCCGAGUGGCAUGAGAAUGCCUCAAGUGGCGAUAACCAACGACAACAGCAAAUACUCUGGCAUUAUGGGGCCUAAGAGGGCAGGUCCGCCGCCCGGAAGAAAAAUGGCGGGGACCAUCGACGUUAUAGGGAGCUCUGGUCUGGCCUCGAGAAGAAAUCUGGAUAAAUCCCCACCGAAGGGAAACGUUAUACAAGUCAUGACUGCCGACAGGAGAGAGUAUUCUAGGAAACCAGGUUUCCCCGAUAUGAGCGUACCGCCUCCUGGUGCAGGAAUGCCGCCACCGCCGUUCGAUAUGCCUCCGCCGGGAUAUGCGGGAGAACCGACGCCGUUCUACAUGCCGGAAACCGAUCCGUAUUAUCAGAGUUACGAACCCACGCAGGAUAGCCAAUGGGGCAAUGACCCAACAUGGCAGCCAACAAAUCUGGCAAUCCCGAUGACGGAAGGUGAAGACGACAAAGACAUGGGACCUAAGACGAUACCCACGAUGGUUCCACCAACGUCCAUUCCUCCCCUGAUGCCGCGCGAUCAGAGGGACGUCAGAGACCGGGAGCGAGACAGGGAUCGAGACCGCGAAUUGGAUUCUAUGGGCAGAGAUAGAGACAAAGAUAGAGAUCGCGAUCGCGAUAGGGAAAAGGAUUCCAUGAUGAGAGAUCGCGAUAGAGAUCGGGAUUCUAUGACGCGAGAUGAGGAUCGGGAGCGUGAUAGAUCUAGGUCUCAGUAUCGACAUAAAGAUCGACAUCGGCAUCGAUCAAGGUCGCGGUCUCGCAGACACAAGUCGAGGUCGCGGAGUCCGAGUCGACGUAAGAAGAAAUCUAGACGUUCGGAUAGGGAGCGUUCCAAGGAGGAAAGUGAAUAAAAUAUGUGUGUACACGUAAAAACCUUACUGUAUUAAUUUACGGCGUUACUCAAGUGAAGUGCAUCAAUAGAAUUAAGCGAUCAUUUUACAUAAAAUAAUAUUCCGACUGUUGCCGAGAAAAAUACAUUGCAUCAGUAAAAUUUACACAGCUAAUUGUAAAAUAUACGAGUUAAUUGUCAUGCAUAAGAAAUGUAUAGCGAUCUUGAGAAAGUUACAAAUUAUAUAAUUUUUGACAUGAGUAAAUUAUUAAUGCAAAUAAAAAUUGGAUUUGCAGAUUGAUUGAAGGUUGCGGAUGAAGAAAAUAAAAGAUUUUACGUUUUAUCAUA